CGGCAGCUGCGCGGCGGGGGCCACGUGCGCGGUGCUGGCGGAGCCCCGGCAGCUCUGGGCCCGCCGAACCGCCGCCUCCUUCGCCUGCUCCCCCGCCGAUCAUGGAGCCUGUCGGCCUCUUCCCCCCCUUCCCCGCCGCCUGCCUCCCCGCACAGCCCGCGCCUACCCCGGCGCCCCCGCCCCGCGUGGCCGAGACGACUCGUAUCAUCACCGACCCCGUCUCCGGCCGGUCCUACUGCAAAGGCCGCCUGCUGGGAAAGGGUGGGUUUGCACGAUGCUAUGAAAUGACAGACCUCUCCAGCAACAAAACCUAUGCCGUGAAGGUCAUUCCUCAUAGUCGGGUGGCUAAACCCCACCAGAGGGAGAAGAUCACUAACGAGAUUGAGCUGCACCGGGACUUACACCACAAACAUAUCGUCAAGUUCUCUCACUACUUUGAGGAUGCAGAGAGCAUCUACAUCUUUCUGGAGCACUGUAGUAGGAAGUCCUUGGCCCACAUCUGGAAGGCUCGCCAUACUCUACUGGAGCCUGAAGUGCGCUAUUACCUCAAACAGAUCAUCUCAGGCUUGAAAUACCUUCACCUCAAGGGCAUCCUUCACAGAGACCUCAAGCUUGGCAAUUUCUUCAUCAAUGAAAACAUGGAGCUGAAAGUAGGAGAUUUUGGGCUAGCUGCUUGUCAGGAUAUCUCUGAUCAAAAGAAAAAGACAAUAUGUGGGACACCCAACUACCUGGCCCCAGAAGUGCUGCUGAGGCAGGGCCAUGGACCAGAGUCAGAUGUGUGGUCACUGGGCUGUGUCAUGUACACCCUGCUGUGUGGCAACCCUCCCUUCGAGACCUCCGACCUCAAGGAGACCUACAGGUGUAUCAAGCAGGUGGAGUACACCCUCCCUGCCUUCCUCUCCCUGCCUGCCAAGCACCUCAUUGCUGGCAUCCUUAGACGCAACCCUCAGGAACGUCUCACCCUUGAGGAGAUCUUGGACCAUGAGUUCUUCAAGGGCUACACGCCUGAGAAGCUCCCUCCCAGCAGCUGUGUGAUGGCUCCAGAGCUGAGUCCCCCCAACCCAGCAAAGAGUCUGUUUGCUAAGGUCACCAAGACACUCUUUGGGAAGAAGAAACCUAAGGGUGCUAAGAAGUGCUCUUUGGAGGACAAGGAUGACAUCUCUAAACUGGUCACUGGGCUGGUAAAGACCUCAAUCUGCCGUCAAAUGAGCUAUAAAACUAUGGAAGGGAAUGAGGUCUCUCCACAGGCCACCCCUGUAUCAUGCCGCAGUGCCAGCUCUAGCCCUGUUGAGACAGUGGUGGAGGAGACAUCUCACAAGUCCGCAUGCCCCUCCAUCCGGGGGACCAUGGCCAGCAGCUGUGAGGCCUUUGAAGAUUGCAUCACUGCCUCUGCCAUCAUUGAGUCGGCUGUCCGGCUCUUGCGGACCUGCCUCUCCUCCAUGCCCCCAGCGGAGAAAAACCCAGCUUCCUUGGCCCGCCACGAGCACUUCGUUUGGGUGAGCAAGUGGGUUGAUUAUUCCAACAAGUAUGGUUUUGGCUACCAGCUCUCCAACCGCAGCAUUGGGGUCCUCUUCAACAAUGGCACGCACAUGACACUUUCCCCAAGUCACAGGACGGUGCAUUACAACCCAACCAACAGCAAACACCUUGUGUUCUCUGCAGCUGCCAUCCCUGAGCAGCUGCAGGGACAGAUGAGUGUCUUGCUCUACUUUGCAUCGUACAUGGAGCAGCAUCUUGUGAAGGGAGGUGACUUGCCCAGCAUAGAUGACCUUGGGCAGCCAGCCCUGCUGCUCCUGCAGUGGGUGAAGACCGACCAAGCCUUGCUCAUGCUCUUCAGCAGCGGCACCCUCCAGGUGAACUUCUACAAUGACCACACCAAGGUGAUCAUUAGCAAGCCUGACCACUCCUGCCUUGUUACCUACAUCAACCGGGAACGCAACUCCUACACCUACAAGCUGUGCAGCCUCCAGGAGCUGGGCUGCUCUCCUGAGCUCCACCACCGCCUCAGAUACAUUCUCAAGCUCCUCCAAGAACGUGCUGAAGCUUAGUGUGGGACCUUGGGGGACCCCAUCUGGAUGUAGAGGUCUCUCUCUGCCCUCCCUCAGGAUGGGAGGUAUGUUGUGGUGCUGGCUGCCCACCUGGGCACCUUAUCCUGGUGCUCAGCUGGACUGGACUAAGACAUAUGGAUGUGGUUACAGCAGCAGGUCUGGGCAUCCCUGCUGCUCCCUGGAUCUGUGCAAUUGUUAUCUUCCCACUAGGGAGCUCCUGUUCUGGUUGUGCUGGUUUUGGUGGAGCAGACUGGGAUGGCACAAGGAGUGGCCUGCAGCCAGGUUUUGGUCUGUCUGUGCCUCCUUCAUGGCCUGGUGCUCCAGCCUGCCAUAGUUGCCUGUAGUUCACCUGUCCAAGGUGAAGUGUCAGUUGUAUAGACCCUCUCCAUGGCCUUGAGGACUGGUACAGCCUUAACCUCAAGACUUGGCUGCUAUGAGGUAGGCAGAACUCCUUCCUAGAGGUGAAGGAUGCUGUCUGCCUUGCCAGUGACUGAUGUGUCACUCCAACUGCUACACUAAGGAGGGGACUGCUGGGUUCCCAAAUUGUGAAUUGUCUGGUACAACUUGAGGUUUGAUAAA